UGUCCAUUGAUCAUUUUAUCUACAUAAGAAAAAUCUUCUGCCCAGUUUAUACAUGGGUUAGAUUAUCGAUCUAUUGACUUAUUCCCUGAGAGUGUAACACUCAUUGGUUUAUCUAUGGGUUCAGUUGUCUGAGAAUUUUCUUAUCUGUCUUUUCUAUAUAACAGGAGGAUUAGGUAAGACAGAUACUGCCAUUACCAGCAACUCAAGCCUUAUCUGCAUCUGUUCAGUGAAGCCUUUAGGACAAACUCUACAACUAUGGAAGAGUCUUCAGGAAACGCAGUUAAAAGCCAGCCAUUGCAGGGAAGACUCACAGGAAGUAUGAUACCCAGCAGACUACAGAAGAGAAGGAAGAUUCAAGUAGCCAAGAGCAAGAGAAAGGCCAAACAUAGAUCUGGCACUACUCUCAGAAAUCCUUUGAGGUUGACCAGUUGCAUCUUCCCACAACCUGUGACCCUAAUAACUUCAUACCCUGAAAAUAAAACCCGGUACAGGAGAGAUGAAGCAAAGCUGAAGAAACCCCAGCAGCUCUGUGCAUUGGAGAGACUGAAAAACUUUCAAUUUGGAGGAGACAGUAAAGAGAACCUAUCAUGUCCAUUGGAGCUUGCAAAUGCAGUAGAGAGAAUUGCACGUGGAAGGCAGGAUGAAGCCAGCAACCAAAGUGGUGAUAAGGAUCAGCUAACUUCUGGACAAGUCACCUCUGACCAGCCCCCAUACUUGGAAACAACUGAGCAUGUGGCUCUUCAGUUGUCACCAUCUUUCUCCAGUCAAGGGGUAACAUUACCAGUACCUCUCCAUCUGUCACCUUCUUACUUCCUACGGAAAGUAACCACAGGAGACAUUCAGAGACAGGCCUGGAAGGUAAAGAAGGCCAGAAAGAGACUGGCAGAGGCCUUGGAGGCAGACAGGCUAGCCAGACAGACAGAGAGCAUGAGGGAAUAAACAUGAGUGGAAAACACUUAUUGAGGCCUCUGUAAGUUCUUCAAGGAACUUUUGUUUUGUUUUGUUUUUUCAUGACAGGGUUUUCAGUUGUUAUAUUGCACUUAUAUUAAUGAAAAUUAAUCCAUGAGAUGCAUCUU